CCAGGCUAGGCCAAUCAUAAAUGCCAUACUUAUAAAUGAUAAUUCCUUAGAUCUAGAUUUUAUAUAUAUAUAUCUUUGCAAUCUGGCGGAGACCAUAGUGUUUGAUUAUGUAUGUCCCUCCCACAACUGGAGGCCGCUUUGGCCUAAAGAAAUAUACAAAAAGUUAAAUAACCUAAUUGUAUCUCUAUUAAAAAACGAAACUUUUUAACAAAUUGGGUACAGUAAACCUAUUUGCACAGUACUUUAUAUUUGAUAUGAAUAUGUCGGCUGAAUGGGUAAACUCAUUCUCACUCUAGUUUUUUUUUCAUGGAAAAAUUUAAAAAAUGUCAAUGGAACAUUCUCCAUGUUUGACAUCAGAUCUAAAUUCAAUCCAGUAGAUUAGUAAUACCCAAACUAAGGCCCGCAGGCCACGUGUUAUAUAUAAAUCUCACUAGUAUAUUUAAUAUAUCUGGGGGAAAGCUGUGGGAAAGAUCUAACAGGUGGGAGAAAGUGGCACUGGAUAGAUCCACAUGGAGAGCGAGCAUAUAGGAAGGGUCCCGGAUUGCAGAUGCCAUAAACAACAGUAGUUGAAAGAAGGGUGAAAAUGCAAUGGUGCCUGGUGAUUACAUAUGCCCAACCUGUGACCAGAGCUGUGUAUCAAGGAUUAGCCUCUUUAGUCACAAAAAAGUUGCAAAGGGAAAAUGCCACAGGAUGUAUAAUAUAUAUGUAUAAUAACAUAUAAUAUAUAUAUAUAUCUACUAAUUCUAAAUAUCUAGUAUUAUAGUACAGAUGAUCUAGAUCUGGACUCUCUGGCCGAACUGAGAGAAGUAUUAAAGCUAUUAAAAUCCCUAGCCCAUUGCACACACAUCUUAAAAAAUAUUGUAAAAAUGUGUAGAUUUUUUUCAAAAAUCAUGGCAGACAAUCUAGUACAACUUUUUAAGAGCUUUGCUAUGCAAUGUUCAGAUUAUAUAUAAAAAAAAUAUCUCUCUGUCCGUCAGACUACCGUAUCUAGGUGACCAAAAUAAAAAGAGGCUCGGUUCUAUCUGCUUGCAAUUUUUAAUUGUGGGGUAACUUACAGGGUAAAGUGUGCAGUAACAAACCAGAUAAAUUGAAGAGUUAAAAACAAACAUUUGCAGUACAAUUUUGGAAAUUGCAUUAAUUGCACGAACAUUUUCUAAAAUACGUCAAGACAUGCUAAUUUGUGUAUCACUUUCAACACUACUUGUGAACUAUGAUUUGCUUAAUAGCUUUGAAUAAUGGAACCUGGCAGUGAUGUUGGUGAAACUCUUUAUUGUAUUUGUAGAUCUUCUGACUGUGAAAGGUUUAUGAUAGGAUGUGACCAUUGUGAAGAAUGGUAUCAUGGAGAUUGUAUUGGUGUAACUCAGCUAGAUGCGAGAUCAAUCAAACGUUACUACUGUGAUGCAUGUAGAGCUCACAAUCCCACCUUGGAAAUACAGUAUAAAAAUAAGAAAAAGGAAAGGCGGAGUCUGAGUGAAUCUAGUGAACAAGAUGCUAAGCUUGAUAAAAAACAAAAGGAAUACAAAAAUAAACUUAGGGAGAAUAUGCUUGGUAAAAGUAGAAUGACUCGCAAAUGUGGUGAAUGCAGUGCCUGCCAUCGUACUGAGGAUUGUGGGAGAUGUGAUUUUUGUAAGGAUAUGAAAAAGUUUGGAGGUACUAACAGACUGAGGCAAAAAUGUCGGCUUCGACAAUGUACUAGUUAUGGUCUAUCUUCAGAAAAAGGAUCCGUAGUGGAUACUGCUUCAGAAAAGGCUGUCACUGAUUUGUCUGAGUUUGAAGAUGACUUUGAUGAAGAAGAAGCCUAUGAAAAUGUGAAAAUUCCUCCAAAGAAACGAGAACGAAGAGCCAGUCCUAUUGAAUCUUCACCCAGAAAGAAAAAGGAAAAGAAGAAAAUAAAACAUAAAGAGAAGUUAAAAAAAUCUCCAGAAAAAACUACAAUGUCUCGGAAAUGGAGGCAAAAAUCUAGCUCACGUCGUCGUGGGGAAGUUGAUGAUGCUCUUGAAUCAGAUGUUGAUACACCAAGACAAUGCUAUGGUCCAGGAUGUGUGGAACCAGCCAAAAUCGGUUCAAAAUAUUGCUCUGAUGAAUGUGGAAUGAAACUAGCAAAAAGCCGUAUUUAUGAGAUAUUACCUUCAAGAAUUCAGCAAUGGCAAAGCAGCCCUUGUGUUGGUGAAGAAAAUAACAAGAAAGUUCUUGAAAUGUUGCGUCAAGAAAAUCUAGAAGCUAGACUAAAGCUAAGACAACUUGACAUGAAAAUACAAGAAUUAGAUGCUUUAGUAGAGAGAGGAAAACGUCUUACAAUGAUAGCAGAGCAAGAGGGCUUAGAUCAAGAGGAAGACACUGAGUUAAGUGUUUACUGUGUGACUUGUGGAACUGAACUGAAUCAGAAAGGAGCAUUGAGGCACAUGGAAAAAUGUUAUUUGAAAUUUGAAGCUCAAACAUCAUUUUGGUCAUUGUAUAAGACACGCAUUGAAGGUAACUCUAUGUUCUGUGAUUUCUACAACCCUCAACAAAAAAUGUACUGCAAACGACUCAAGGUCCUCUGCCCUGAGCAUACCAAGGAACCAAAAGUUAGCCCAGAUGCUGUUUGUGGUUGCCCAAUAGCCUCAGAAGAUAUAUUUACAGAAGGAGAGAAUUUGUGUAGAGCACCUAAGAAGAAAUGUGUAAAACAUUUUUGUUGGGAAAAACUCAGACGAGCCGAAAUAGACAUGCAUAGAUUGAGACAGUGGAUGAAAUUAGACGACCUUUUUGAACAAGAAAGAAACAUUCGAAUGGCAAUGUCCAACAGAAUGGGAGUGUUAGGACUGAUGUUACACCAGACAGUAGACCAUGAUCCCAUGACACCUAUGAAAUCUGCUGCCUCCUAGCUUUACAAGUGAAGAGCAUCAGGGCCUGAGUCCAUUUUUGUCUUUGUUGGACUUCUGUGGCCUAAAUGGAUACAAGUAAAACUAUAGAAAAAUGAUCUUGAUAAGUUUCUUCCAGAUAAUUUUUUUUUUAAAAUAGAAAUUUUUCUUUCAAACACAUCUGUUUAGUCAACAUUUUAUUUACAAAUCAUAAAUUAUUUAUAUCUGAAGCAGUUAUUACAGUACAUCAUUCUUGAUAGCAGAAAUAAUAAAAUUAGUUAUCCUUAAGUUUAGUGUUAGAAAACUAUUGUUUCACACUAAUCAUGUGAGAUAAUUGGCUUAUUGAUGACUACAACCCUUACAUACUGGGUAUCAUCAGUAUGCUUUCUAUAUUAAUUUCUAUUACCAUACACUAUUUGUCUAAUUUUUUUCUUUCAUAACAAAGACUCAUUAUUUGUGAACUGUUAUUAUCUAGCUAAUUGAUUUUCAUUUUCACAGUACUAGUAUAUUUUUCCUUUUUUUUUAUUCUGUUAAAAUAGUGUUUUUUUUGGCAUGUACAAAAUUUAUAGAAGAAAAAAAUUAACUAAAAUCUUUUGACUUGACAGUUUCAGAAGCCCCGUCUAAAAUCAAUAUGUCCUAGCCCAAGCUUCCCCCAGGAUGGCAGGGUUUUAGUAGGUGGGAUUGGAAAUUGGGUCCAUCCUUAAGACAUUUUUAGCUAUAUAUCUAUGCAUGUGUUCUGCACCAACUAAGAAAUACUUUUGAUUUAAUAGACUACUUAAGAAACAUUUGAGUGUUGAUUUCCAUUCUAAUAACCCACACUAAGGUUUAAAAAAAUCUGGACAAACUUACAAAAGAUCUGUGAUGAUUGUCAUAAAAGAAUAUUCACACAAAUUUCCUGUUCUUUUUGCUAUAGCUCUUACUUUCCAUUAUGAAAGUGUUGCUCUUAUAAGCCAGGGAAAGCCAAGUCAAUAUAUUGAAAUCUCAAUCUCUAAAAUCAUGAGUUAACAUGGAUAUGCUUUUUUGAAAGUACAUCAGCUAAUUCUAAGAUUUAAACUUCAGCUUUAAUCCUUUCAAAGUAGUUUUCGAGCAGACUAAACUUGAUUCUUAUGUUAGUCUUAUUAGAUGGUAUGGUUAACCAAAAUGAUGAAAAGAAUGUAAAGUUAUAAUUAGAUUUUUUAAAAUUAUGUGUACUAGUUGUUUGUUUUUGUAUUCUUAAGCUUAAUAUUUUGAAAAAUAUGAGGAGAGUGUUUUUUUUCCCCAAAUGACCUGGGUAUCUAAGUAUAUAGAUCUUGCAGGUAGAUACCACCCUACAUAUUCUUGUUGAUUCUAAUUAAGUUCAAUUAAAAUUGUGUUAGAGUUUCUGAUUGUGAUUGUCAUUGAAGAAGUUAAAAUUUAUGUUCGCCAUCAAUGUUAUUGAAACAUUGAAUGAAUAAAUGACAAACUUUUAGCCAAUUAUCAUAUUUGCUUACUCAUAAAAUGUAUGUUUUCAGACAAGCAAGUUUUGUAAAAUGUAAUGUGUUAAUGUGAAAUAAAGUAAUACAUGAUUAUUUUUA